AUGUGCCCGCUGCGGGUCAUCCUCAUCUUCCUCUCCGCCACCGUCGCCGGCUUCUUCCUCGUCCGGGGGCGCAACGCCGACCCCACCGACCAGUUCGACGCCGACGCCGACGGCAAGGCCUCCCCCAGGGCACCCGUGCCCCUCCAUUCCAAGGUUGGAUCAGCAGUGAAAACCGGAUUUUGGACUAUGGUGGACAUGGCAAGUGGGCAGUACCUCUGGCGCACCUUUGUUGCACAACCGGAAAAAUCUGAAUCUGAUAAGGCCCGACUGACAGCGCCCGGGUCCUUCUCCGGCGACUCCCCGCUCGCCGACCAGCAUACCGGUGAGCAAGGGCAAGGACUCAGAUGCAGAGGAGGGAUCUCCGACGGGGCCGCAGCUUUUGGCCCGUCGGGAUCGAUGGCCCGUGCCACCAUGAGUCAAGGUGGUGGCCGGAGGAACUUCAAUGGUCCAGGCGGAGGAGGCCGUGGACCUGGUGGCGGAGGUUAUGGAGCCGGUGGUGGAAGGUAUGGACCCGGUGGUGGAGGGUAUGGAGCUGGUGGCGGAGGCUAUAGUGCGGGUGGUGGUGGAUAUGGUGCUGGUGGGUACGGUGCUGGCGGAUACGAGCGUGCUCAAGCAGGGCGCCCAGGGAGGGGAAGAGGUCGAAAUGUCUGGGAUAGGCGGGCUCAACAAGGAAAUGAAGAACAACCGAUUGAAGCUACUGAGUCUCAGCUCGAACAGGAGAAUUCUGAGGCCAAGGGAGAUGAGCGACAAGAUAAGAAGGUAGAUGAUGAGAUACCCAAAGAAGCUGGAUCCGAACAGGAGGCGCCAGAGAUGCAAGAAAGUGAAUCUUUAAGUGAAAAGAUCAGGAAGCUUGAAGGCUAUAGUGAUGUGGGUCAGACCUCAUCCAAGCAAGGGGGAGAUGAAAACAAUCAUCAGAUCUGGUGCAUGGAUGAAGUGUAUGAAGAUGGUACUGUGGAAUCUAUUCUGCAGCAAAAAAUACAGAAACAAUCCAAAAUCCAAGAGGAAACAGUUAAGAACAAUGAGACCAAUGAGGUGAUGAUAGUCUCCCAAGAUCAGGAAGAUGGCAUGGAAAUGGAAGGGAUCAUAAAUACGCAGGAAAGUACCAUUACUGAAGUUCACCAAGAAGACCAAUCUGGUAUCUUGAAAGGCAAUCAGAUUGAGCCGUGA